AUGAUCGCACCUGGUGAUAUCCCGGAGUUCGACUCCUUGCCCAAGGUUGGCCAAAUGCCACAGGGCUGCGCCUGGGGCCUUUUCGAUAGCAAUUGCCAAAAAGAUCGCCUAGGCUGUCUCAAUUUUUUGACUCCGGAGGUGGUGCAAAGGGCGUCCAAAGAAGUUCGUGAUGGCGUUUCUAUCUCGCUCAACUGGCCCAUGGGUGCGAUUAGAACGCCACCGUUCGGACGCAAAGGCCUUGGACAUAAAAUCCACACGUUUAAAGACAGCCCAUAUAAUGUGUGGUCGCUCGAAGAUGAAGUUGAAUUCAACACCCAAAGUUCCAGUCAGUGGGACAGCCUCGUCCAUUUCUACCAUCAGCCUACCGGCCUGGCAUACAACGGCAUCCGACCGGUCAAGUCGAAAUUGGCAGAAAAGUUUGAAAACGAAGUACAACUACCAACGCUCGACCUUUGGCAUGCACGGGGCGGUAUGGCCGGGCGGGGAGUCCUACUAGACUACAGAGCGUGGGCAGAAGCUAAAGGGAUUUCAUACAACUGUUUCGACAGCCACAUCAUUACCAUCUCUGAUCUCGAGUCCAUUGCUGAAUAUCAAGGCACGAAAUUGCUCUUUGGCGAUAUUCUUGUCAUCAGAUCAGGGUAUACUGAAGACCUUGGUGCAGCGGACGCCGACGAGCAACAAAGAUUUCUCAAUACAGGGAGAGCUAUUGGUAUCGAAGGAAAUAUCAAUUCUGCAAAGUGGAUUUGGAAUCACCACUUUUCUGCAGUGGCAGGAGAUAUGCUGGCCUUUGAGGUAACACCACCACGCAUAGGUAACCGUGAGGGAGGCAUUGCCGACCUAGUACUGCAUCAAUACCUUCUCGGUCUUUUUGGCGUGUCUAUUGGCGAACUAUGGGACCUCAAGACCUUAGGGGAGUACUGCAAGAAAGCGGGAAGGUAUGAAUUCUUUCUCACAAGUGUGCCAUUAAACAUACCGGGGUUGGUAGCCUCACCACCCAAUGCGCUUGCCAUAUUAUGA